AUGGAGAACGCUGCAGAUACUGACCCGGACCCCAUAAAGCUGAAGUCGAUCAAGAACAACAGAACGUUCACAGUACCGCAAAAACACAGGAGGAGACUGCGUGAGCCAGGCCUUCAUGGUCGAAUUGCUACAAAGAAACCACAACUAAAGGACACCAACAAGAAGAGACUUGCUUGGGCCAAGAAAUACAAGCAAUGGACAAUUGACCAGUGGAAAUCUGUCCUUUGGUCUGAUGAGUGUUAAUUUGAGAUUUAUGGUUCCAACCACCAUGUCUUUGUGAGACGGAGAGUAGGGGAACGGAUGAUUUCCGCAUGUGUGGUUCCCACCGUGAAGCUUGGAGGAGGAGGAGGGUUGGGGGUGCUUUGCUGGUGACACUGUCAGUGAUUUAUUUAGAAAUCAAGGCACACUCAACCAGCAUGGCUACAACAGCAUUCUGCAGCGAUAUGCCGUCCCAUCUGGUUUGCGCUUAGUCCCACUAUCAUUUGUUUUUCAACUGGACAAUGACUCAACAAACCUCCAAUCUAUGUAAGGGCUAUUUGACCAAUAAGGAGAGGGAUGGAGUGCUGCAUCAGAUGACCUGGCCUCCACAAUCACCAAUUGAGAUGGUUUGGGAUGAGUUGGACUGCAGAGUGAAUGAAAAGCAGCCAACAAGUGUUCAGCAUAUGUGGGAACUCCAAGACUGUUGGAAAGGCAUUCCAGUUUGGGAACUGUAGGAGUGUGAAGGAAUUUGAGAAACUGAACCGAAUCGGCGAGGGAACAUAUGGAAUUGUGUACAGAGCCCGAGACACCAGGUCUGAUGAUAUUGUAGCACUGAAGAAGGUCCGGAUGGACAAGGAAAAGGAUGGGAUCCCUAUCAGUAGUCUGAGAGAGAUUACCCUGUUGCUCAAACUCAGACACCCCAACAUAGUGGAGUUAAAGGAGGUGGUGGUGGGAAGUCACCUGGAGAGUCUCUUCCUAGUUAUGAGUUACUGUGAGCAGGACCUGGCCAGUCUGCUGGAAAACAUGCCAACACCGUUCUCAGAGGCACAGGUGAAGUGUAUAGCUCUGCAGCUGCUGAGAGGUCUGGAUCAUCUUCACCUCAACUUUAUUCUGCACAGGGAUCUGAAGGUGUCCAAUCUGCUGAUGACAGACAAAGGCUGUGUAAAGAUUGCUGACUUUGGCUUGGCACGUUGCUAUGGUAUCCCCCUACAGCCUAUGACGCCCCGGGUGGUGACAUUGUGGUACAGAGCCCCAGAGCUCCUCCUAGGGACCAAGACUCAGACCACAGCCUUAGACAUGUGGGCGGUGGGCUGCAUCCUGGCUGAGCUGCUUGCACAUAAACCUCUGCUGCCAGGGGGUUCUGAGAUCCAACAAGUGGACCUCAUAGUGCAACUGUUGGGUACCCCUAAUGAAAACAUCUGGCCGGGCUUCACUCGUCUUCCCCUAGUUGGACAGUACAGUUUGAGGAAACAACCAUACAACAAUUUGAAGAAUAAGUUCACCUGGUUGUCUGAUGCAGGGCUGCGUUUACUCAACCUUCUCUUCAUGUACAAUCCUCUACGCAGGGCCACAGCUAAGGACUGCUUGGAGAGUUCCUACUUUAAGGAGAAACCUUUGCCUUGUGAGGCUGACCUGAUGCCAACCUUCCCUCAUCAUCGCAAUAAAAGGGCAGCCCCAGCUGUAGAGAGCCAAUCGAAACGCAAUAAAGUGUAACUUCAUUCACAUCCUUGAUCGCAGUUUCAAUAAAUGAAUGAAUAUCUUAGAUGUUUACUACUACACGGAUUAUGCACCUGGUUGUAAAAACGUGUUGUCAUAGAAUGCAUGGACCUAUCAGUAAUUAUCCAAAUCAAUGGGGUGAUGGUAAGCUUUCAAGUAUUCCACAGUUCAGUCACUGCUUGCAAAAUCCUAUUUCUUUCACUGUGUGUCUGAUGAAUAUCCAAAAGUAUGUGAUUAACAUGCAUAGUUCAAUUUAAUUCACCAAUGUUGCUUUGUUUUUUGAAUGGAUGUUGGUUAACCUUUGGCAGUCUUUGGCAGGUUCAAGUAACCAAUAGGAUUUGGUUUGCUGUAUUCAUGUACAUAGACAUUUUUUAUCUCAUGAAAUUCCAUGAAUAUUGUAGUUUUAAUAAACUGCUUUUUCAAAUUAA